AUGCCUGGACCGACCUCUUCGGUGAUACGCCAGGCUUCGCGUGCCUGCACUCGCGGAUUAUCCAACAACGCAAUCCUUUCUCCCUCACGUUCCGGAACUGCUUCCAUCGCCUCCUCGCGCUUCGUCGGUCGUCGCAGCUAUGUCUCCGAGUCCAGGCCCGCCAAUGCUCAAGUCGCAGACGUCGAGUCUGCCAUCAAAGCAGACCAGAAGAAAUUCAUCCAGGAGAGCGGCAAUCUGCCCUCGCAAGUCAAAAUGCCCGGGACCGAGAUCACCGCCGACACAAUGCUGAGCCCUCAAGCCGGCAUUUUGAAGCAUGCAACCAUUAUGGAUCAGGGUACACGCCCAAUCUAUCUCGAUGCACAGGCCACCACCCCAGUUGACCCCAGGGUUCUCGAUGCAAUGCUACCUUUCCUCACUGGCCUCUUUGGCAAUCCUCAUUCGAGAACGCAUGCGUAUGGGUGGGAAAGCGAGAAGGCUUCCGAGCAAGCAAGAGAACAUGUUGCCAAACUCAUUGGUGCAGACCCCAAGGAAAUUAUAUUUACAAGUGGUGCCACCGAAAGCAACAAUAUGAGCAUCAAAGGUGUCGCCAGGUUUUUUGGCAGAUCGGGCAAGAAGAAGCAUAUCAUCACCAGCCAGACAGAACACAAGUGCGUUUUGGACAGCUGUCGACAUUUACAGGAUGAAGGCUUUGAGGUCACAUAUCUGCCCGUCGAUUCAAGCGGCUUGAUCAAUCUUCAGCAGCUCGAGGAAGCCAUCAGACCAGAAACUGCGUUAGUCAGCAUCAUGACCGUCAACAACGAGAUCGGUGUCAUACAGCCCAUGAAAGAGAUUGGGCAGCUGUGCCGAUCGAAGAAAGUGUACUUCCACACCGACGGCGCCCAGGCUGUUGGCAAAAUUCCGAUUAGCGUCAACGAUUGGAAUGUCGACCUGAUGUCAAUCUCGAGCCAUAAAAUAUAUGGGCCCAAGGGAAUUGGUGCCUGUUAUGUAAGAAGACGGCCUCGCGUCAGGUUGGACCCCAUUAUCAGCGGUGGCGGUCAGGAGCGAGGGCUCCGCAGCGGAACACUUGCACCUCACCUCGUGGUCGGAUUUGGAGAAGCUUGUCGUAUUGCCAAAGAGGAGAUGGAGUACGACUCUAAACGCAUCAACUUUCUAUCCAAGCGACUUGUCGAUGGUUUGCUUGCGAUGGAGCACACCUCUUUGAACGGAGACCCGACUCGACGAUAUCCUGGAUGCGUCAAUGUUUCGUUCGCGUACGUUGAAGGAGAGUCACUCUUGAUGGCCCUCAAGGAUAUUGCCCUCUCCUCUGGGAGUGCCUGCACCUCAGCAUCCUUGGAGCCUAGCUAUGUUCUCCGCGCUCUGGGAAACAGCGACGAAAGUGCGCACAGCAGUAUCCGUUUUGGCAUUGGGCGCUUCACCACAACUAGCGAAAUCGACUACGUUCUGAAAGCUGUCCGUGAGCGCGUCACCUUCUUGAGAGAGCUCAGCCCGCUCUGGGAACUGGUCCAAGAAGGAAUCGACUUGAACACCAUUGAAUGGAGUCAGCAUUGA